UCUAACCUAACUUUUAAAUUUUUGUAAUGUCAUGUCAGUCGUCUUCUGCCAAAAUUGAAACUUUUAAAGGCCGAAUGAUAUUUUCUUUCUGAGUUUGUACGUUUUUCUUGCAGUAUUAAUUAUUUAAAGGCCUCUUUUGUUGAAUAAACCUAGUUGGGUUUUUGUCUAACAAAACCAGCAAAAUGAACUCCCUUGAUACUGGUAAGAUCAUAAAAAUGGAGGUAGAUUACAGUUCUACCUGCGAUGAGAAGAUACCGGAGUACACAAAGAUGGCCUCAAUGGGUAAAUUGCACGAUGCACUUGAUGGACUUUUAGCGUUAGAGAAACAAACUCGAACCGUUGCGGACAUGGUCUCGACUGGCCGCGUUUUGGUGGCGAUAGUUCAAAUUUGUUUUGAGGCGAAAAAUUGGGUCGCACUUAACGAGCACAUAGUACUGCUAUCGAAACGUCGCUCCCAAUUGAAGCAGGCGGUCGCGAAGAUGGUGCAAGAAUGUUGCUCCUACGUCGAUCAAACCCCCGACAAAGAAACAAAAAUUCAAUUGAUUGACACUCUACGGCAAGUCACCGAGGGCAAGAUUUAUGUAGAAGUCGAACGGGCACGUCUAACCCAUAAGUUGGCACAAAUCCGCGAGACAGAGGAUAACAUAACAGAAGCGGCGAACAUUAUUCAAGAGUUGCAGGUGGAAACGUACGGAUCGAUGGAAAAACGCGAGAAGGUUGAACUGAUAUUAGAACAAAUGAGACUCUGCCUUGCCAAACAGGAUUACAUCCGUACCCAAAUCAUCGCCAAAAAAAUUAAUACCAAGUUUUUUGAAGACGAAGGCACCCAGGAUCUCAAGCUGAAAUACUAUCGGCUUAUGAUGGAGCUUGAUCAACACGAGGGCUCUUACCUGGCGACCUGCAAGCACUACAGGGCGGUCCUUAACACAUCUUCAAUCAAGGAGAAUGCGACCGAACGGCAAGCUGUAGCGCAAGCUGUCGUUCUCUACCUCGUGCUUGCCCCUCACAAUAACGAACAGUCGGAUCUGACACAUCGUGUUCUCGAAGAUAAGUCUUUGGAGGAAAUUCCCCUCUUCAAAAAAUUAUUAAAGCUUUUUACCACGCCCGAAUUGAUCAAGUGGUCCGGUUUCUGCGAAAUUUACGAAAACACUUUGAAGAGCACCCCAGUGUUUAGUGGCAAUGAGCAGUCCAAACAGAGAUGGAAGGACUUGCGAAGUCGAGUGGUCGAACACAACAUUCGUGUGAUGGCGAAGUACUACACCAGGAUUAGAUUGGCUCGCAUGGCCGAGUUACUCGACUUGUCGACGGGCGAAACUGAGGAAUUUCUAUCGCAGAUGGUUGUGAAUAAGACGGUGCACGCGAAGACCGAUCGUCCCUCCGAAGUAGUUCACUUCCAGCAGUCCAAAGAUCCAAGCGAUAUCUUGAACGACUGGGCGCACGAUCUUUCGUCCCUAAUGCAGUUGGUUAACAAGACCACGCAUCUUAUUAAUAAGGAGGAAUGCGUACACAAACAUCUUAGCGCCACUGCCUAAUUUUCAUGCUUAUUUUGUGUAUGUGCAGGAUUUAAUAAAGCGUUCAGUUUAGAUUUUU